AUACAUAUCGUGCAUUUAAUUUUUAGCGUCGUUAUUAUCCAACUGAAGAUCGUCCUAAACUGAAAAAAUCCAGGAAGAUGGUUUCUUUUUCGAAACAUAAACGCUACUUGAGGAAAAGAAUCACUCCCGGAACCGUUCUUAUUCUUCUUGCUGGUCGCCAUCGUGGAAAGAGAGUUGUUUUCUUGAAGCAAUUACAAUCUGGACUUCUGCUAGUUACUGGUCCCUUUAAAGUUAACGGCUGUCCUUUGAGACGAAUCAAUCAAAUUUAUGUUAUUGCAACAAGUACUAAAUUGGACAUUAGCGAGGUGAAGAUUCCAGCACAUUUGAAUGAUAAAUAUUUCAACAGGAAACAUUCAAAGAAAGAAAAGAAAGAUGAAGGAGAAAUAUUUGAACUGAAAUCCGAGGAAUACACUGUGAAUGAAAAGCGAAAGAAGGACCAGAUCGAAGUGGACAGACAACUGAUAGAGGCCAUCAAAAAGCAUCCUGAGAAAAAGAUGAUGUUCUCUUACCUGGCAUCUGUCUUUCAACUGCGAAAUAAAAUGUAUCCGCACAGAAUGAAAUUCUAGGUGGAAAAAUGUGUAAUAAAAUUAGUUUGAGAUUUGAAA